CACUCGUGCCCACUCUAAGUAUCUGUAUUUCAAGAUGGAAACGAUUGUAUUAAAGUCUAGGCCUAAUUAUUGUCUGCGAGUGUUUACGAUUAUCUCAUUAUUUGCUAUUUUCCAACUCUCGGAUGCAAUCCAUUCUCGUAGAAGUGAUAAUAGAGAACCAGCAUAUUUAUUUUCUAAAGUUCUAGAAGCUCUCACUGAUGCUAAAAAUGAGAUUCUAUUGUCAGCCAGUACAAGUGGAGAAGCUUCGAAUACUUGCACCCAGCCGCUGCUGAAGCCUCUGCAUUCAUUCAAUGACCAAAGAGUGGCCACUGAAAUAAGUCUUCAGUGCCCAAGAAGUACACAACUGCGAGACUGUCUUUCUAAAGGAACUGUUAUGAAAUCUGUUGAAGCAUUUUGGAGUCAAGAUUUUCGUACCGAAGUUAUAAAAUUGUGUUGUGUUGUCGAUUUUUGUAUGAGAAACAGCAAAGACUGUACAUCAAUCUUUCCAGAAAAUAAGAUAAAAUUACUUUCCUCCCAAUCUUCAAGUAGCUUUACCAUGGUAUUUCUAAAUAAACUGCUCUGCAAAGACGAGAUGGUGAUGUCGGAGGAAUGCAGCAAGAUGAGCAUCGUUGCCUUAAAUCUCCUUUCAGCAGAAUCCCAGAUUGAUGGUAUAAGUGAAAUAUUUGACAUUUGCAAUCCAAAUAUGACAUCAGAUAUCCUAAGGUUAAUUCAAAUAAUUGCUGGAAAUUUAACAUCUUUGGAAAUGAGGCAGCUUUCAUCACAACUGAAUGGUGUUGGCAUAGAUACAUCUGUUACUAGGGAAAAGGCUGAAAAGUCAAUGCCCUCACAGAUCACUCUUGCUUUGAUAAGUGUAUGCAUGCUCCUUGCCUUCAGCUUCAGCCUGACUAUCUGGGCUGUUUACCAAAAACUCACCGGUCGUCUUGAUCCUCGCAGUCACGUAUUGUAUUCUCAGAUCCAUGUUCAUGAUGACAAUUUGUUUCAGGAUGACGACGACGAUUAUGAUGAUCAGAUUGCUUGAAACUGUUUGUUCAUUGUUUGAUGAGUUAAUUAAUAUUACUUAUUAGAUUUUAAAAUAAAAAACAAGUACACUGAUAAGCAGCUGUGCAUGCUAUUUUGAGCUGUGGACCAUUGCUUUAAGCUGUGAACUAUGGAUCUGUAAACCAUGGAUUUAAGUUGUAAAAUAUGGAUUUAAGCUGUAAACUAUGGAUUUGAGCUGUGCAUCAUGGAUUUAAGAUUACCUAUGGAUUUGAACUGUAAUCUAUCGGUUUCAACUGUGAACCAUGGAUUUUAGCUGUGAACCAUGGCUUUGAGCUGUAAACUAUGGAUUUGAGGAUGCAAACUAUGAAUUUAAACUGUAAACUGUGGAUUUUAACUGUGAACCAUGGAUUUAAGGUGUUAACUAUGAAUUUGAGCUGUGAAUCAUGGAUUUGCGCUGUGAACUUAGAUUUAAGCUGUUAACUAUGGAUUUGAGCAGUAAAUCAUGGAUUUAAACUGUGAAUCAUAGAUUUAAGCUGUGAACCAUGGAUUUGAGUUUUGAACUAUGGGUUUGAGCUGUGAACCAUGGAUUUGAAAUGUGAGCCAUAAACCAUAAAGUUUUUGAACAAAUUUCAGCCGUGAGCCAUGAUUUUGAGCUGUAUGCUGCAGAUUUUACCUUGUGAGCUAAGAAUUAGGCUUCUAAGUAUAGCUAACUAUAGCUUUUGAAGCUGUAAACUACAUGUGUACAUUGUUAGCAAUUUAUUGGUAUUGAGCUACAUGUAGGAGUGGGAAUAUAGAGGGAGGGAAAUAUGGGUGCAUUUUGCUUGGGAGAAAGCAAAAAAAUGUAUUAGAAUCUACCUACAGUAUUUGUACGCAUUGUUUAAACCAAGAGCUAUAUUUAUCAAUACGGUGUUUUUAUGUAUAAUAGAUUUUAAAAGGAAGCAAUAUUGAAACCAAAGAGAUUGUUUGAAGAGGAUAUCCAUCAAAUUACUUAAUUGAACAAACAUUUGGAAGAUGUUCUAAUUAUUUAUUAAUAUUAUACUGUAUUAUGUAGUUGCAUCAGGCUUUAGCAUGUUCAUUAUAAUUGUAUGCUAGAAUCCUAUGUUGAAUAUAGCUGACUCAAUUUCUAUCAAAGUACUCUAUAUUUCAAAAGUAGCAUUUUAUAGUAUGAUACAUGUUUAUUUUAUAUUUGUUUCACAAGUUUUUGCCCCCAUUUGAUGGGUUUCAUCAGAUGUUGCCAACUCUUACAUUGUAAUAGAACAAAUGUGGCAAAGACAAGCAAAACCAGUCACUCGUCGCAAAAGUUGAUCUUUAGUUAUUAAUACAGGGUUAACAGUAAAGUGAGAGCUAUAAAGUGGUAAAAGAAUUCAACAUUUCCAUAUGAAGCAUUUAAACAUGCAGCUGUUUAAAGAACAAUAUUUGAGAAAUCAACCUUCAAAGUUCAUGAUUUCAGGCAUUUCUCAGGCAGAAACCAUCACCAAAUUGUUGUUUUAACACUGAAAAUAGGGAAAAUAACAGCAUAGCAUGAUGUAAUAGUUAUAUAACAGUUAGUUUAGUGCAAUAAAAUAGAUUUUAAAAAUAUUUGACAUUCCAGCAUGUUUUGAUCAUGAUUUUAGUCAAGUGACUGGUUUGGCUGGUCUUGCCACAAAUAUAGAUUUUUUCUGAUUGCAUUUUAUCCAAUAUUGAUCAGCUAUCUCAGUCCCAUCCCAAAAAUUUCUUACCAGUCACCUCUGCUGUUGUCUCUACGUUCUCCUUAAUAGUAGUAACUCUUCUAGUAUUUUAUCCAAUCCUGCAAGGUUGUUCAUACACUGUUGAAUUUUGGCAGGAUUCCCAGUACGAGCCCUGCAUGCCACCUGUCUUGAAGGCCUAUAUCAUUGCAAUCAUAAUGUAUUUAUGUAGUUGCAAUGAAGCAUAAAAUACUCGUUCACAAAAAAAACCCUGUCACUUCAUCUGCUGCCGGCAUAGACAAAGGUGUCUGAUUUGAACAAAAUCUUCCAAAACAAUGUGUUAACUCAGCUGAAAAUAUGCCAGUCUUUCAAUUUGUAAAUACUAUCUCUUUCUAAAUUGCUACACAUGAACAAUUAAAGAGAAAUUUAUAUUGUUAAAAAAAAAAUUUAAGUAUAAAGAGUGCAGUUUAAUUCCUUGAUGUUUAAGAUGAUUAUUGUCCAAUCCCAGUGUCUUGUUAUUGCGGCAAUAUUUUGGCUAAAAACAAUUCUACUCUCUAAGCCUUAGGCAAGACUUUUUAUGUCUUGUUUAGCGAACCCGGCGACCGCCAAUCAGUGUUAAUUUUGAAUAAAAAUAAAAU